AUGGUUGAGAGCCAAGCUGAAAUCGGAGUCGCGCUCACCACGUUCGGAGGGCUCUUCAUGCUUCUUGGUGUAAUGCUCUUCUUCGACGGAGCCCUUUUGGCUUUGGGAAAUAUUCUAUUCGUUUCCGGUCUUGCUUUGAUCAUCGGUCCUCAAAAAACCUUUGCCUUCUUCGCUCGCAAACAGAAAAUUCGCGGUUCAAUUUGUUUCUUUGGUGGAAUCCUUCUUGUCUUCCUCAAAUGGCCAUUCAUCGGGAUGAUUGUCGAAACGUUUGGGUUCUUGAACUUGUUUGGCGACUUCUUCCCAGUUGUUGUAACAUUCCUGCGCCAGCUACCCUUCAUUGGAAAUAUCCUUUCGUUGCCGUACAUUCGAGGGUUUGUCGACCGCCUCGCUGGUUCACGCACGUCAGCUGUAUAA